UUGCACAUAUCGUCACAUUAUAAAGUUCGAAAAAAUAAUGCAAAAUAUUUGACCACAAUCUGACACACCAUUAUGUGUGUGAACCGACGUCCUUGUUAAAGCAAUUAAAAAAACAACAACUUUAGCGAAAUGACACGAGACGGUGAAAUACCAGCAAUUUUUAAUCCAAAACAACAUCGAGUUCGUACACCAUCGGUGGUGGUCACCGGAGAUUCUCCAAAUGGUCCAUACGGUGGUGGUGGUGGUUUUACAAAUAUUCUAAAUACAAGCAAUCCUCAAAUAGCCCACCAAGAUUCAAUAUCUUCAAGCCAAAAUGAUCCUAAUGAAGUAAUAACUAUACAUCCUGAAUCAACCUGCCCUGUUGCAUUAACUAGAGCUGUAAGCGUGGCGGGAGGGGGAGGCGGUGUUGGUGCGGCAGGUGGUGGUGGUGGUAACACCAGCGGUGGCAAUGAUUCCGAUACACCCACAGACCCUGGUCAAAAUGAUAAUACCACAUCACGUUUCCCCCGCCUUAAAGCCUGCAAAGAAACCUGUUGUUCUGAAUUGGCACAAAAAAUGUAUUUUGGUGUAUGUGUUACUAUACUAGUGACAGCAUCAUGGGUUGGUGCCACACACUGCAUUAAGUUAUUGUAUUUAAAUCGCAGCUCCUACAUAUCGGCCCUAGAUGAUUUCGAUACAUUGGCUGUGAGCGGUAAUGACUUGAAUUUGGUCAACAAUGAUGAUGCCGUUGCAUUAGAUUCUCUUAUACCCAUUAGUGAUACAUCGAUUAGUGUAACCGAUGUAGAGGAUGCAACGAAAAUAUUCCAUGUGCCACCAGAUCCACCCAUGCCAUCAAAUAUAUUUAGUGCACCUUUUUUUGCCGCUUGGUUUUUUACAAAUUUCUCUUUGUUAUUCUUUCCCAUCUAUAUUUUGGGACGAGUUUCUCUGAGAAAAUGUGAUAAGCCAGGCGAAAUAUUAGGUGAUGUGUUGAGAGGUUUUCGUGAUCGAGGAUUUACUGUGGGACGUUUUCUCAAUCGUUGCCUAUCAUUUUGUAUACUAUGGCUUUUAACCACUUACCUUUAUACGUUAUCUCUGCGUGUCUUAUUUGCCACCGAUGCCAUGGCAUUGUUUGCCACCAAUGUGGCAUGUGUUUACCUUUUAUCCUGGGUUAUAUUGCACGAACAAUUUGUAGGAGUGCGGAUUGUUGCUGUCAUAUUGUGUGAUACUGGCAUUGCACUGUUGGCUUAUAUGGAUGGCAUUACGGAAAGUCGUACAUUGAGUGGCGUGGUUUUGGCCACUUUGGCAGCAGCUUGUUAUGCAGUGUUUCGAGUUAUGUUCCGCAAAGUGAUGGGUGAUCCGCCUGUUGGACAAAUUGCUUUUGCUUUUACUACAUUAGGUUUUCUAAAUGCUCUACUCAUGUGGCCAAUAUGUGUGGCUUUAUAUUUGACUGGCACUGAAAUAAUGCCAUCAGAUCGUAUGCCUUGGAUUAUAUUAUUGAUUGCUAGUAUAUUGUUAUUGGUUUUUCACAUAUUAAUGCAAUUUAGCUCAGCUGUUACAUACAAUAUGUUUGUAACAUUAGGUUUAAUUACAGCAGUUCCUGUUUCAGGAGCAUUGGAUGUUGUUUUAUAUGGUGCUACAUUUGCUGGCAUGAAAUUGGCUGGUGUGAUACUAAUUGCAGUUGGUUUCUUUUUGGUAAUGUUUCCUGAAAAUUGGCCAGAUUAUAUAACCAGAUUAUUAAGAAAAAGUGGUCGUGCUAUACUACGUUACCAAUGUUGUUGUGAAUUAGCUGAAAUUCAUUAUACACACUCGAAAUAUCAUCUUAUUGGGUCACAACGCGAGAUGGGGUCGAGGUCCUCGCCACGGUUCGUUAGCCGGUCAGCAUCCCACCAUUAUAGAUUAUCGGACGGGAUACAUAAGGUCCCAUCUUCGGUCACCCUCUGGCCGUGUGAGAUGACUGAUCUAUCGCCUACCGGUUUUAUACAAAACAAUCACAAUAAACCGCAACAACAACAACAACAUCAUGCUCAUCAUCAAACACUACAACAACCACAUCAUUCCUCUUUACAUCACCAGCAGCAUCCACAACAUUCUAGUCUUUCCCUAUCGUCAUCAGGUGGCGGUGGCGCUGUUGGCGGCCACCAUUCCAGCAGCCAUAGCAGCAGUUUGCGUGCUCCUCCAGUUGGCAGUGGUGGCGGUCGUUUAUUUUCAUAUUUUGGCAAUGAUCAUGAACAUGAACGUAAAAAGUCGGAAACAUCAUUUUUCAAUUUGGGUUUUCGUCGCAAAUCAACUGUUGUUUACUAUGCGGCCACCGACUAAUAUGAACCCCAUCGUUUAUCCAUCAACUCUAUUGGAUGAAUUGAAUUUAUUGCCACAACAGCUACAUGCAUUGUAAACAAAUCCGUACAUUAAGCAAACAAUUACAAACAAAAAAGAGUAAGAAUUACUGUUAAAUAUAAAUUAAAUAAUUAACAAUUUAAAUAUAUACUAACUUAAAAGAAAAAUUAAAUAUUAAACAAUUUGAUGUUAAUUUUAAGAUAAUCAAAGAAGAAUUUGCAAAAACAAACUCAAAAUAAGACACACUCACAUUAUACAUAAUUGUUAAAACAAAAUAUUGAAAAUAUAUGACAUACAUUUACCGUUAUUCAAAUUAUGCUCAAUUAAAACAAAACCAACAAAAGAAUAUCAAAAACACAGCCUACAAUCAACCACCAUAAUUAAAUUUAAAAAAAUAUACCAAAGAAAUAACGUUCAAAAAGGAUCUUAUUAGUUUUGUGUAGCAUAUUUUAAGGAUGUGAGUUUAUAUUUAAGAGAGGAUAUGUUUGUUUCAUAUGAAUAAACACACAAAAUAUGCUUCUAAUUUUUGUGAUCUACAGUUAUCUUCGAAAUUGUACUUCUUCUAAAAGCUUUUUUUUAGAACCUCCACCACUAUAGUGAGGAUUUUGGAGCUCGUUAUUAUGUUUCAUUAUUUAGUAUCUCUACAAAAACUUAGUUUUAUAUACAUAAGUCUAAAUAAUACUUUCGAUUUUCGUAAUGAUCGGUGCUCAUUUGACCCUAGCCCCAUGCAAGCACAAGAACGUUGUUAACUCAGUUUAAACACAAACAUUAUGAUGAAAUUCUUCAUAGUUAACUUCUAACAUAAACCUUUCCUCCAAAUUUUGAUAGCAUCGAUCAAUAAUUGACACCUAGUCUAAAUAAUACUACGAAAGUUUUUAACUUUCUUUUAAACACAAGCAUUAUAAUGAAAUUCUUCAUAGUUAACUUCUAACUUAAAUCUCUCCACCAAAUUUUGAUAGCAUCGGUCCAUAAUUGACCCUAGAUCCCAUGUACACACAGACUCUUAUAAAAAAUCCGUCUUUCAUCAAUAAAUUGCCUUAAUAUAUAUGGAAUUUAAGGUAAAAUUCUUCAUAAAUGUUUUAUGAACGAUUAUACUUUCCUACUUGUUUUAUGUGCUUUGUUAUCCUAAAAACAAAAAGCCCACUUUACGAUUUUGAGGAUUCUAGCUGUAAUAUAUUUUCAGAUAUGCGAACCUUUGUAUUUAAUUUAUAUGAGAGAUGUCACACCAACAACUUCAAUGGAUUAUAACGUUACAUUUUAAGAUUCUACCUCUAAUAGUUUCAUUGUUUUGGGAGGUGCCAAGCACCCGAUUGGUAGCCCGCCUUUUUUCUCCAAAUGUGUAUAUGGAUGUGAAAUAUUUUCGUUCUAAAUUUUAGGGUUAUAGCUCUAAUAGUUUCUCAGAUAUAAACAUAUUUGUAUUCAAUUCACAAGCCACGGCCCCUAUUGCAAGUACGCCCAAUUUUGAUUCUUAAAUACUCACAUUGAAGCUAAAGUGACUUCGAAAAAACUGAUGAAUCUCAGAUAUUUUAAUUUAAAAUUUUUCUUAUAUGGCAGGUGCUACGUCCACUAACCAUUUUGUGUCUUACAUAGCCGAUAAUUGCAAAUACAUUAUUUCUUUCAGAUAAUGCUCACGACCCAAUUAUUCAUCAUUUCACUCUCAUUCAUAAUACAUACAACGUUCAAUUACGAUCCCAAUGAAAGGGGGAUUAACUAAUGUUCUCUCAAUUCAGUUUAAAUUACCCAACGACUUCUAAACAACUCAUUGUCACCUCAGCAGUUUGUCUUCAUUCGCUGGAAGUCUUUAAGAGCAAUUUGCGCGUCGUCGUUAUCACUUAAAGGCGAUCAGACCAAUGUUAUUUGACGUCUCAUUCUUAAUCGGUAUUACUUCCUAAAUAUUCUAAGUUAUGAUUUGCCUGCAAAUAACGGUAUGAUCAUAUUCUGCCUCAUGACGGAGAUAUCAUUCUAACUACUAUAUAAUAAAGUUGGAGCUCCCUCUCCACCCGUAACAUGUCAUAAAAGAUCUUCGAGUGUGCGACAACUACACUGAGCGAUAUAGGCAUGAUUCGCUUGAAAAAGCAUGGUAUUUCCAGAGUAUCCUAUCAAUAUCGUACUUGAAGGUUACCUAUUGCAAAAGAUACUGAGAUCUGCAUAAAGCAAUAGAGUAGAGCGUUCUUGUUGCUGCACUAAGCCCCCAGGAUUGUCCACUCUAAAAAGAGCCAUAUGUCCGUAGUAAUUCUACCCUGAGGUCUAUGGGUCACUUUUAGCUCAAGUUAUGUUAUCAAUGAGGUUGAUUAUAUCAAACGCUUGCCAUAAAAGAGCAGCGUCUGACUCUGCCACUUUAUAGUACGUUAGGAUGUUGAUCUGGAUGUGGCUGUGUUCUUGGUAUUUAGAUUUUUGAUUGAUCUUUAUAAUUCUUCUUUAGAUAAGUGCACUUGAAAAGUCUAAAAGUACACGAUACAUUACUUUUUGUUGUGUUCAGUCCAAUCUGUCUUGUUUAAACUUAAGCGACUUUUACGUGACAAUCAAGGACAACGGAUAUCGAAGAGAACGCUUGUAUUUUGACAGUAUUUUUCAUUGAAUUUUCCUUCACAGAUUUACGGUAAACCUAUGAAGGUAAACCGUUUACCUUCUUAGAGUCAUAAGCCGUGUUCUGUAUUUAUGAUGUUAGAAGUCACCACCAGCAUAUCCUCCUCGUCGGAAUGUAACUUGUCAUCACUGGUCACAGUGCCGUCUAGCAAUACCGGGAUCAGUAUGGUCUUAUAACGUGCUUCUGAGAACUCUCGUUAUCCUUUGAGAUAUUAGCACUUGAGUCUAGACUCUAGAACACUGUAUCACACUAUUACACUGCCGCUUUUCUCGCGUCGAGUGCAGAUCAGGAUGGCGAAAACCGUUGGGCUUUUCAGGUCUUGAACCAACUGAUCAAUCUUUCUCAUUCCUGAAAUCUUUAAAUUAUUUUGAGCAUUAUUAAUGUGUCACUUCGCCCUGUCCUGCUAAAUGUAGAUAUCCAUUCGCAGCAAGUUUAUGUGGAGGAUGUUUAUCAAUUACUCGAAGAUUCCGAUUGUACAUAUUCUCCAUCCAUUGGUACAUAAACCUUGGUAGAGUUUAGAAACAAAUCGACCAAAACAGCAACAUUCUAAUCUACAUUUCUUUGUUUAGAUUCAAUUAGGCCCAUGGAAAGCUGUUCUGAUAUAAUAGAAAUUCCUUUUGUAGAUGGCCAUUACAUCUUUACGAAGUGUCCACUAUGGACCCUUCGUAUAUUAGUUUGCAUUUCCAAAUUCAAAUUUACUUUUCGGUUCAGAGAAAAAUCGUUUUCAAUUUCUGAAUUAAAACAUUUUUUUGAAUAGUUUAGAAGUCUCAGUGAAAUUGUAUAACCUUGGUUUUUGUAUCUGUUAAUUUUAAAACUUCUCCAAUUAAAAUAAAUAAUAAUAAAGAACUAUGGUCCGAUUUUAUAGUUCACACUAAAGCAAAAAAAGUUUUACUUAAGUUUGUAAAUUUCAUACAAAAUACAAAACUUCCUUUAAUGAGAACUGUAAAGCCCAGCCUAUAUCUUUUCAUAUAUUACAAUUUAUUAUUUAGUUAGUUUAUUUUUAAAGAAAAACCAGUUUAACUGAACAAAAUUAAAACUAACUGUUUAUUCAAGGAUCUCUAAAAAAUAUUCAUUCCACCCAUUAAUUUAACUACAUACAUACUAAAACUAUAUGCCAAUUGUUUAAAGCAAUUAAAAAUAAAUUAAUUAAUAAUAAAACAUAAUUUAAGGACACGUACAUAAUACUAUAUAUUUAUUUAUAUAACACAAAUCAGUCUUAUUCAAAAAUGAACACUUCGUCAAUAAUCAAUAAUAUUUCAGGAAUUACGAGGUUUUUAAACUUUUCAAUUUUAAUUGGAAGCUAAUUAUAUGAAUAUAAAUUGAAGAUUCUGAAAUAGAAUUGGAAUAUGAAUAGUUGGAGAUUUUUAAAACGGAGUAGGAAAUCAUUUAGUUUCGGAAGAGUACAUCAUUACUAUUCUUUCCAUGAUACCAAUUACCCUAUUUCACUUAGCACAAUGAAUUUAUGGACUAAUCUAAUAGAAAAUGGGGGGGGGGGGUGGUUGUUAGGUUAAACUGUAACUCGAGCGAAAGAAAAAAUUUCGAAUUUGUAUGUUAAAUACAUUGUAUUUCGAAAGCUUUUUCUUAACCCCCUUGGAUUAGACCUAAAUAUAGAACCCCCAGAUUAAAAUUGUACAGUUUAAGCUAUUACAACAACAAAUAGUCUUUCAGAGGGGUAGAUAAGCAUAGAUAGUAUUGGAGUACAAUUGUGAAAUAUAAAUUGAAGAUUCUGAAAUAGAAUUGAAAAUUCUGAUAUAUGUAUAUAAUUAGCAGGGAAACCGAAAAAAGUGUUUUAAGCGCUUUAAAUAUGUCGUAAAAAACUCAAAAUAUGCUCUUAAAAUUUAAUAAAUAGGCUCCAAAAAUAAUUAUUUUAAAUUAUAUUUUAACAUUGAAAAGCUUAAAAAGACUGAAAUUGUAAUGAAAUAAUAAAUAUUUAAUGUCAUAUUUCAUCCUACUAGAUUUUUUAUAAUUGGUUAAUCUGUUAGUUUGAAGAUCCAGUUUAAUAGAACUCUGUUUUACGUUCAGAUAACCAAUAAAUAACAUGAAGCCAUUUGGUCCCCAAAAAAACAUAUUUCAAACGACAAAGUUUGACACAUUUCUUCCAGUUGUAUUCAUAGCUUCACACAGAAAGACGCCGAAACACGUGAACUUAAUUUUCGGUCGUAGAAUCUAGUGGCAUACUCCGUUUUGAAAAGUUAGGUCAAAAUCGGGAGAUAUUGGAUUUUAAAGUUUACACUGUUUCUGAGGUGUUUUUUAAAAAAACUUUCACAGAUAGAA